GAAUGUCCGCGUAAAGCCCAUGAGCCAGAGCCCAGAGAAGAGACGCUGCACUUUGGGCAAUGAGCCCCAAAACACAAGUGCAAAGCAGGGAGGCUUCUCCUUUGAGGCACCGAAGCUGAACUCACCAUCGGCGCCACGACCUGGGCGGCAGCAGAACGCCACAGGCCUCACCGUACCAAAGGCUCAAGACCGUGCACGGUCUUGGGAUGGAGCCAAAGGGACAGAACCUCCAAAGUCUCCAAAGCAGUCACGGCCAGCAGGAACUGCACAGGCGAAAUCUGCCAGCCCAGUAGUGCCAUGCAGAGAAGUCAAAAGAGCAGGAAGCAAAGCCGAAGGUG